AUGAAGAUAUUUACAGCCAGCAUUGCCGCUGUGCUCUCCACAAUGGCCACUGUGGCCAUGGCUGACCCCAGCAUGCUGGAGUUGGAAGGCACAUGGACGUCCAAGUCCAACACUGUGUUCACAGGCCCUGGGUUCUACGAUCCAAUCGAUGAGUUGUUGAUCGAGCCAGACUUGCCAGGAAUCUCGUAUUCGUUCACCAGCGACGGCCACUACGAAGAGGCGCUCUAUAGAGUCAAGUCCAACCCCCAGAACCACUCGUGCGCCAUUGCGUCCAUCACAUUCCAGCAUGGAACCUACGAGAUCAAGGCCAACGGAUCGGUGAUGUUGUACCCCAUCGCAGUGGACGGAAGACAGUUGUUGAGCGACCCCUGUGGCGAAAACCCCGACUCGUCCCAAUACUCCAGAUACGUGCAGCCUACGUUCUUCAAGACCUACCAAGUGCAGGUGGACGACUACAACGGCAAGAUGUCGUUGCAAAUCUACCAGUUCGACGGCUCGAUGAUGCAGCCCUUGUACUUGGCCUACAAGCCCCCUUUGAUGUUGCCCACCGCCGCGUUGAACCCCACCGACUCUGCCUCGGAGACCAAGACAUCGUUGAGAAAGAGAGUUAAGAGAUCGUUGGAGAACAAGUACAGAACCAACGCGUUCAAGGACACUAACACCGACAAGUUCGACAAGUACUGGUGGGGCAGUGUGGCCCUUUUGGGGGUCACCUCUGCUGCCGUAUUCUUGCGCUAG